AUGCCCACCGGAUGCAUGGGCAGGCCGCUUCUUCUUGGCACCCCGACGCCCGCAGUUACCGUUGCCCCCGUUCGAAGGCAGGAACUGGGGCUGGUUUUGCGGCGGUUGGUACCGUCGGGGCGAGCUCUUGCUGACGGGCCGAGGCCUGGGAGCGAGCCGGGCGGGCGGGGGAGAGGCUGCGAUCCCGCCGAUGCAUGGGGGAAGGGGAACGCUGACGGGAGGAGCGCCAAUCCUCCGCAGGGGGUGGGGAGCGGUUGCGGCAGUCAGAGCGACCCGGCUAGCGGCUUGCCGGGGAGCGGCGGUCCUCCCGCGCUGGGGAGCGGUGGUCCUCCCGCGUCGGCGAGCGCCGGUGGUCGCCGUUGGAGAGCUACCGUCGGGGGUCCACCUCCCGCCGCUGGCCGUCCGGGGAUGGACGAGGCUGAUCCCGCCGCGCGCCAAGACCCCUUUUGGGGCUGUCACCGUGUCGCCCCACUUGGCAUGGCCGGCGCCGCCGACGUGGGAGGCGACAGCAAGGUCGAACGGGAAGGGGGGUUGGCGGUAGGGGGAGUUGGAGCUAGGGACGGGAAGCAGGAGCAGGUGGCGCUGAGCAGAUGCGGUUGGGAGCGAUUCAGGAAUGGGGAAACCCUGGGGAGGCCAUAUUGA